AUGUCCUUACUACUGUGGAGCUCACAAAAUUCUGCUCCUGCCACGACGGCGUCGACCCUUUCUAGUCGAAUACCCAAGUGUGCUCGCGAGUGCGUUGAUGAAUUCAUAAUAUCAGAUUACCCAGAUGAUGCAUGUGGAGAAGCAUGGAAUCUUGACUGUCUGUGUCGGACCAACACGACCAGCGGCUAUACACUGGGCGAGGCAGCGUUCCGAUGCAGUCUGUCGCUGUGUUCUGUCAACACGAUUUUCUCCUCUGACCUCUAUGAUAUUUGUGAUUCAGUACCGGGGGCUUUGCCGCGUACCCAUGCCACGAUAACAGCAACAAUCACGUCGACUCAGAGUACAACGGCGGUAGUCACCACAACCUCCGACUCCCAUAGUGUUGCAACCACGAUAAUUUCUAUGUCACGACCUUUACCGACGGAAAACACUAAAACAGCACAUACAACUUCUGUUAUCAUUACCUCGUUCGAUAGUCCCACCACCAUCUCUGACACAACUCAACACACGAGCGCCCCCUGGGCUACGUCCAGCAGUACGACCGGUAGCGGCAACAACUCGACCGCUGCCGCUGCCGCCGCUACCGCAGAUUCGCAUAGCAAGCUCGGCGCUGGUGCGGUCAUCGGCAUCUCCGUUGCCUCAGGCAUGGCAGGGUUCUUUCUCGUUGGAGUUUUGAUAUUGUUCUAUUAUAGAAAGAACAAGCGUCGGGAGGCAGAGGCUCAGGAUCGGAACUUCUUUGAAAUUGGGGGGGUGAUGACGGAACCUCCAGAUUUUGCUUUCCCGCCUAGACGGCCAACGGGACCCAGACCCAUGCCCGGUGGCACAGACAGGGACUCGGAAACGUCACGUCUGAUAACUCCUUUCGGAUCAAGGGCCCAUAUUCCGACUUCUCUAGCAGACGCACCACGACGUCGGUGCAACGAUGAUCCCAUGGGAUUACACGAUGCUCACAACAUUGGAUUCGCCGUAUCAUCCAAUUCCGACGUAGAAGCAUCCCUAGCGCAUUCGACCCCUCGGACUCUCUCGAGCUUGCUGCCGGACAAACCAACCUAUGGGCUAUAUCCGGAGCCACUGCGAUUGAGUCGCCAGAAACGACCAGGCAGUGUAGGAACACUGUUCGAGGAGGACGUCACUAAACCGCGCAGCUUCAUUGGCAGUCCUCGUUUGCUUCAGAACCCUUCUUCCUGGUCGCGUAAGCCACAACCCACCCGGCCUCAUAAUCAGCCGCCAGUCGCCGGGCUGCCAGCCCAUCCACGCGCCAUGCUGCAUGGUUUCCGAGACGGCCAAGACGGGAAGCUCGCUCUCAGAGGGCCGAAUCGAUAUCGAAGGCGGGAUUAUGAGAACCCUAUGGAUUCAACCUCUUGCUCAAACGAUGUUCCCGGACCGUCUCACCACAUUUCGCCGGAGUGGAAUGACGAAGAUGAUGACGAUGGACACUGGCUAGAUAGUGAAUCCGGAUACCCAAGACCCACUCGAAGCUCACCAUACCUCGAUGACAAUCCAGAUGGAGGCAGGCAUCUAAUAUACGAUGCAGAAGGCUCAGCAUCUCACCCCACGUUCAGCGACGCGCCUCACAAUCCUCGACGCGAAUCACGGCAUUCAGGAAGUCUGCGACCCCUGACUCCCGUACGAGAGAUCAGAACGCCAAACCUCGAAAUCCCCAACUGGCAAUACGAGACCCCCACCGGCAGCAGGAUCCCUGUCGGUCUCCCCCGCACACCACUUUCCAGGUCAAUUAGCCCUGCGCAAGAAAUCGUCUCCCGGCCCCGGAUUGUGCGACAGGACGAUAUCCGAAAGGUGCAGAUCCGCCGCGUCACACCCGAACCUGACGAGGAGCAGAUAGGGAGCUACUAUGCACAUGGUGGUGUGGGGGAAUCCUGGUCCAGCGGCGAUGCUUACUCUAGUAUACAAUACGGAGCUCAGGCACGCAGGACGUCCUUUGACUCUGUAUCUUCAUCCGGCCGUAUGAAAGGGCCGCCUGUCCCGAGGAAGCCGCUCCCGAUAGAGCGCAGUCUGACCCCCUCGAGGCAAGGCUCAGAUCUUAUCCUCCGGGUGGAUUAA